GAAAGCCGUCCGAACAACACCUUUAGGGGCGGUUCCCAGUGGUACGAGAGAAAAUAUCAACAGAAAUUGGGGUUGGCUGAGAACACGGGAAAGUCAACCAGAAAACUAAACUCGACGGAACAGUACCUACCGAUCGUUUGGCUAAAUGCCACAUUGCGCGCACAUUUGCACUCGUAGCGACAGUCAAGCUAGCAGCCAUGGAGGGGCUGAAAGCUUCCUCCUUUCCACAAAUUCGCUUCACUGUGCACUCCCCAAGGCUUCCAGCUACCCAAUUCAAAAAAUCUCAUUCCCGGUUUUCCUCAAAACCCUUCCCACUCCAGACAAUUCACUCCAAGAAGGCAGGAUUCAAGAUUUUCACUACCAUUUCCACUGAAACCUCGGCUGAGCCUGAGAUCCCCAUUGAGUCUGGAAGAGAGGACCAAACCCAAGGAGAGAGGUUUGAUUGGUAUGCAGAGUGGUACCCCCUGAUGCCCUUGUGUGAUCUUGACAAGAGAAGGCCCCACGGGAAGAAGGUUUUAGGUAUUGAUCUGGUGUUAUGGUGGGAUAGGAACGAAGGGGAGUGGAAAGUCAUGGAUGAUGCUUGCCCUCACAGGCUGGCUCCUCUCUCUGAGGGGAGGAUUGAUCAGUGGGGAAGGUUGCAAUGUGUCUAUCAUGGCUGGUGUUUUGGUGGCUCUGGUGAUUGCAAGUUCAUCCCUCAAGCUCCCCGGGAUGGGCCUCCGAUUCAUACAUCCAAAAGAGCAUGUGUGGCUGUUUACCCUAGCUGUGUACAAAAUGGCAUUCUUUGGUUUUGGCCGAAUGUAGAUCCCCUCUAUAAAGACAUAUUUAUGAAGAAAAAGCCACCUUACAUCCCUGAAAUCGAUGAUCCUUCAUAUACUAAAUCAAUGAUAGCUAGAGAAAUACCAUAUGGGUACGAAGUCCUGAUUGAAAACCUUAUGGACCCAGCUCAUGUUCACUAUGCACAUUACGGCAUAAUGAGAGUUCCAAAAACGCCUAACAGUUUAAAGGCUGAUAGAGAAGGAGGCAAGCCUGUUCAAGUCAGUAUUACACAACUAGAUGUCAAUGGUGUCAAAGCAAUGCAGGCAAGUGGGUGCAACACCUUUGCACCACCUUGUUUGUAUUACGGGUAUUACAGUUUUGGGGAAAGUACAACCAGCCAGUCUUCUUCUUCUUCACCAAAGGAUACAGAGAAGAAACCCUUGAAUGGAAAACAGAAGCAGGUUUUGUUAGUGUUCUAUUGCAUCCCUGUUAGCCCGGGCAAUAGCAGAAUAAUAUUUGUUUCACCGAGAAACUUCGCUGUCUGGGUUGAAAAAGUAGUGCCACGCUGGGUUUUUCAUGUAGGACAGAAUCUAAUUUUGGACUCAGAUUUGUAUCUUCUUCACGUGGAGGAGCAUAAACUAAAGGAGAUUGGCCCAUAUAAUUGGCACAAAACUUGUUAUGUGCCAACGAAGGCGGAUGCUGUGAUUAUUGCCUUUCGAAGGUGGUUAAACAAGUAUGCAGGCGGGCAAGUUGAUUGGAAAACAAAGUUUAGUGGUGCCCUUCCACAAUCACCUCCCAGGGAGCAGUUGAUGGACCGGUACUGGAGCCAUACAAUGAAAUGCUCAAGCUGCAGUUCAGCAUAUAGAAAUUUGAAUGCACUGGAGGUUGCGCUGCAGGUGCUUUCCAUUGCUUCCAUUGGAAUUGUUGCUGCAUCUAAGCAGGGGUUCAUGGCAGCUACAACGAGAAAUGCCUUGAUCGUGAUGGCAGUACUAUGCUUUCUGGCUUCAAAGUGGUUAUCUCACUUCAUUUACAAAGUUUUUCGCUUCCACGACUACGAUCAUGCUUUCCGCUGAAACCCGAGAUCGGAACUUCCUUCUCCCUCCCAAAUGCAGGUGCACUGUUUGUUAUAUUACUGGGUAGUUUGUAUAAAGCAAUAUGCAGUCGAAAUUUGUGCAUGUGUAAUUAUUACGGAGUAUAUAUUAAAGCUUUUGCGUUAUAAAAAAGUUUAUAUUAUUAUUUCAUGAGUUGAUAGGGAGUGAGAAACUAAACUCGUGAAUGGUUGUGAAUACAAUUUGGAUGCACUUAAUUCCCACACGAAAUUAG